GCUCAACAAACUAAAUCAACACUCUAGUCCAACAGAAAGGUUAAAAUUCCUCCCCUUUUUUCCUUCCAGAUCAUUCAGUUGAAUAGACAACAACGGAGCUCCGAUGUUGAUUCUUUCCCGAUGUACUCCAUCGGCGCCUCUUAUUCCCUUACAAAGACACCCAUGUUGCCGCCUCUCGCGGACGAUUAACUUCUUUUACUCGGAACUAUUUCCAGUUAAUCCAUGCGGAAGCAGCCGGUUACGGUUACGGUGCAUCACAACCAGAGCCGCGCUGACAGAAUGGAGAGAGUAUGAGGAAGCCGUUAAAGAGAAAGAUCUUGGUCGAGCCCUUCGUUUCCUCCAGGAAAUUCCAAUUCCAUUACAAGGUUUGGGAGAGCUGGAGUUGCAGAGGGAUUGGCAAGUAUUGGAUACAUGCUUAAACGCCGAUGAUAUGAGGCUUGUUGGUACUGCUUAUGCUUUUUUAAAGGACAAGGGCUUCUUGAAUUAUUUCGGAAAGUAUCGCAGUAUUGUUCUGGAGGGUCCGAGAGAUGUUACACCAACCGUUUUGGAAUCUUCAACUGGUUUAGAAGUUUCGAAACUUUCACCAAAGAAGUGGGGUCUUUCUAGAAGCUCUAGUGCUGUUCUGAUCGCAUGUUUUGCUGGAUUAUCAUAUCUGAUAGACCAUGGAAUCGAUCUGAGACCUCAACUGGCAGUAAUAUUGGGUUCAGCCAUGGUCGACUCCAUAUUUCUUGGCGGGUCUUGUCUAGCCCAGAUAUCAAGUUAUUGGCCUCCAUACAAGAGGCGCAUUCUUGUUCACGAAGCAGGACAUCUUCUUGUUUCUUAUCUUAUGGGAUGCCCCAUUCGUGGAGUAAUUUUGGAUCCUAUUGUUGCAAUGCAGAUGGGGAUUCAAGGGCAGGCAGGGACACAGUUUUGGGAUGAGAACCUUCAAAACGAGCUUGCUGAGGGUCGACUCAGUGGCAUUGCGUUUGACAGAUACUGCAUGGUGUUAUUUGGUGGGAUAGCAGCAGAAGCUCUUGUGUAUGGAGAGGCUGAGGGGGGAGAGAAUGAUGAAAAUCUAUUUAGGAGCAUUUGUUUGCUUUUGGAACCACCAUUAUCCGUUGCACAGAUGUCAAAUCAAGCAAGGUGCAAUGGCUACCAACAACAGAGGAUGAUUUGUCUCACGAAAAGGGCCAACAACAGUCGUACAGUGUGGGGUUUCAAGCAAUACACUAAUGCUCAUGAACACUUGAUGAUUAUGAUUUCGUAUCAUACAUUAAUUAAAUUACAUACAAAAAAAAUAGAGCUCUCGUUGGUUUGGUUUAGGCAUUUCAUCAAAUGGGUGGCAGGCAGUCUGGAAGCAGCUUUAGCUGCUAUAUGAAAAAUAGUGUAACCAAACUACAAUUUCUCAAUAUUGAAUGAAUUAGACAAUCUGCAUUUUAUUGCUAAGAACAAGAUCAUCUUUUUGAAAAGGUGAACUCACAAGGAAGGAUUGAAUGACAUGAGUUGAAACAUAUAUGUAAAUUCAUUGAUAACUACUUCCUACUUUCAUUUUACUUCAUGUUAUUAUAGUAUUGUACUUUGAAGCUAUACCAAUUACAGCAAUCCACUUUCAUUUUA